GUUUUGGUGGAAGAGAAAUCGAGUGUUAGAAUCUUGACGUUAAACAGACCCAAGCAGCUGAAUGCUCUGUGCUUCAGCAUGAUCUCUCGGUUGCUGCAACUGUUCCUUGCAUACGAGGCGGACCCCGAUGUUAAACUUGUCAUCCUAAAGGGUCAGGGAAGAGCUUUUUGUGCAGGUGGCGACGUUCUACCAGUUGUUAAUGACAUAAAACUAGGUAUAUCAGAUAUCACUCUCCCCUCAUUCAUUCGUCAGGUUUCAAUAUUGAAUGGUAUUGUCAUGGGAGGCGGAGCUGGUGUCUCCAUUCAUAGACGAUUCCGUAUUGCAACUGAGAAAACAGUUUUUGCCAUGCCUGAGACAGAACUGGGGCUCUUUCCAGAUAUAGGCGCCUCAUACUUCUUGUCAAGGCUCCCUGGAUUUUUGGUAAAAAAAUAUGUUGGCCUCACAGGAACUAGGUUAGAUGGCGCUGAAAUGCUUGCUUGUGGUCUUGCAACUCAUUUUGUACCUUCAACGAAGCUGGCUGCACUAGAAGCAGAUCUUUGCAGGAUUGGUUCAAGCUAUCCAAUUUUUAUCUCAAAAAUUCUUGAUGCAUACAGUCAGCAUCCGGAUCUGAAACAGGAGAGUGCUUACCACAGGCAAGUGAAUAUGACUCUACCUCUCCUUUUUCUUUCUACUUGUUUAUAUUGUACCAGUACCAUGCCAACAUCGCAAGCAUUUCUUAGGUUCUCUGAGAGAGAGGUCACUCAAGAACCACAUGAUUGGAUCUCAGCAACCAUAGCCGCAUUGAAGAAGGCUUCACCAGCAAGCCUUAAAAUCUCUCUCAGAUCGAUCAGAGAAGGACGAUCGCAGGGAGUGGGACAGUGUCUUAUCCGUGAGUAUAGAAUGGUGUGUCAUGUGAUAAAGGGAGACAUAAGCAAAGAUUUUGUGGAGGGAUGCAGAGCCAUAUUGAUAGAUAGAGACAGAAACCCAAAGUGGGAUCCACCACGACUGGAGGAGAUGAAGGAUAGCAUGGUAGAUCAGUAUUUCAAGAGAGUGGAAGAACAGGAGGAUCUAAAGCUUCCGAAAAGGAACAACUUGCCUGCUUCAGCAAUCUCAAAGCUGUGA